AUGCGUGUAUACAUAAAAACAAACACAAGUCGGAAGAAACAACAGAAACCAUUAUGCAUCGACAGACACACAAUACACAACACACGGGCCGCAGACGCGACAGACGGCCAGACAUGCAGGGUUCCUCACUCACUCCCUCACUCCCUCCCUGCGCCGCUCUGGGUCACUAUUACUUCUGUUGGGGGUCGCAGCGGGAUCAACUCUAUUUUCUCGACCAACAUCUGGAAAGGAACAUCCCGCUAUCCGGCAAACAGCUACACAAGUUUUCUCAUUUCUUCAGCGGAGAACUUUGACGAAUUCUCCAGAGAGGCCUCCUCCUGCUGGUCCCGCGUCCCGCCCUGCGUCCCGCCCCUCUGUCUGCUCAAACACUGCGUCAGGGCGGGAUGGCACGGAAGGGGCGGCUCUCUCAGGCACGAGGUCUGCGACUGGAGCGGGGACAGGAAUGAAUUGGUGAAGUUAUCGCUCGGUGCUGGUGCAGAUGGCAUGUUGGGACUGACAUCUUGAAGACACGGCCAGACUUACAGAUAAAUAACAGCUAAGAGUCACCAAGUACAUCUGUGCCUCGCCCGCCCGGCCGUGUAAAAUCGCUAUUUGAAAUCAACAACGGGGAAAAAAGAUGAAUCAUUUUACGAAAGAACAUAACUGGUCCAUGUACCGCGAGCCGCAAACAUUGCAGGAGAGGUACAAAGUGGGUGAAAAAGGAGCGGACUUGCACGGAAAAUAAAAUAAAUUUCUUUACUGAAUCAGUUAAUCAAUUUCCACUUGCCGAGAGAUGGCAAAAAACUGG